AUGAAGAAUGAGGAAACGCGAAAACCUGGAGCGGGUAAAUUCCAAAAGCACAUCAGUAUCUUGAUGUGGAAGUCAUAUUUACAAAGGCAGAGACGAUGGCGACUCCUGGCAAUUGAAACGGCGUUCGCAGUCAUCUUAUUCCUGAUAGCAAUAUUCAUAGCCAGGCCAGUGUUCCUAACGCCACUGGAAGCCGAACCAGAACAGCCAUUGUCAACCAAGGACAUCUUAUCUUAUAUGCAGUCCAAUACCUUGCUAGGAUAUGCACCAAAUCGGCUACCGUAUUCCUAUAUAAUGGAUCAAGCCGCCGAUGUUCUGAAUAUACCUUUAUUGGCUGGGAAUACAGAAAGCGAACUGAACGAUCUCCUAUAUAACAAAUCAUUGGGCACACCGAUCAAUUUACCCGUUAUAUGGGUUAUAUUUAAACCAAAGGCAGGUAACAUAUGGAAGUUCAGCAUUCGCAGCACAGAGCGGGCUCGUUACUCGACCAGUACUGACGACACGUCCUCAUUACCCAACCCUCACCUCCACACAGGGUUCCUCGCCGUGCAAGUGGCCAUCAGCCGGGCCAUCGUGGACUACGUCUCUGAAGUAGUGCCGGACUUUGAGGUAAAUUUAGUAUCGAUGCCGGUGUCUCCGCUCAUGCAACAGAAUCGCGUGAGGCAAGCCCUCUCCCUCAUCCUCCUAUGCUUCACACUGGCCUUCCUACCGGCCACGCUCGAGACUCAGGCACUAGUCGUAUGGGAAACCCAGAAUAUGUUCAAACGCGCUUUAAGAAUGCGUAAUGUGAGCUACACCUCUAUGUACCUCAGUUGGCUAGUGUACGCGUACCUGACGGCGCUGCCUGUCUGCGUGCUCGGAGCCGUGACCAUGAUCCUCACCUUCAGGUGGAUUCAUCUUAUGAACUCCAUGCUUAUACUAUUUGCCUAUCUCUCCGUGAUGGCAAUGGUGGCGCUAGUGAUGGCUAUGUUUCAUAAUAACUCCCGAAUCUCGUGCAUAUGGACAACAUUGUUUACGCUUUUGCAAACGUACUUGGCAGAACUUUUAGUACAUCAUCAGUACGAUUCCCUGCACGUGACUGUAAAUUUUGUUCUACAUGUACUCUUACCACCACUGGGACUUAUUAAUGCUUUCAACGAAUUUGCUCUACUAUCCACAGGACAUCAGAGAAGGACAGAAAGUAGUAUAGAAUAUAUGUUGCUCUCAUGGGGCUUGCUGAUAAUCUUCUACUUUGGUUUGCUGAUGUUGUUACAACGGACCAUUGGACAGCAGCGAGCCAUAGGCGGUCAGGUGUCAUGGAGAUCAAUCAUCUUCAAGCAAGCAAAGAACCAGAAUGCUCUGCAUCGAGUUUCGGAACCGGUGCGCAGUGAGUUCAGGAAACUGCAGGAGGUUGAUGAGUUCGUUGCCAAAGCUAUCAGUUUUAGAGAUGUUUGUAAGGACACUAUGCGCGUACCUGUGCUCCACAAUUUGACUUUUGACAUAUACCGAGGCGAGUACACUGUAAUGUUCGCUCAAAAAAUUCAAGAGAAAAUGAUUGAUACUCUGGACGAUGUACUCACUGGUUUAGCGUUACCAGACCGCGGAGAGAUAAGAAUUCUGGGUGAAGUUAUGGACGAAUUCACUGCGCCAUUGAACACGCUGUACAUGAUGGGAUACUGCCAUCGCUCCGAGACCCUCGUAGACGACCUCACUGUAGAGGAACACUUUACUCUGUUCACAACGAUAUGCCUUUGGUACGAAGAUACAGCAAACGUGGUCGAAUACGGUCACAUCCGAUACAAGCAGUUAGUGAAAGAAUGCAAUUUGGUGUCCGUGGCUGAAACAAGAGUCAGAGACUUGGAUCACUAUUACAGAGCCCAACUUUGUUGGGCCAUUGCCAUGCUUAUAGAACCCAGGGUAGUACUGAUUCCCAACUUGCAAGAUGAACCUGUAUAUCGAUCUGUUAUUGUUGAUAAAAUUGUGCAAUUUAGAAAGUACAUGACGAUAGUAAGACUUUUGUUCUCGAGCCUGGAAACUGAGUACGCAGACCGUGUCUUUAUAUUUGACAGUAAUAUAUUGAUCUUUGGAGGUACACCUGCUUAUAUGUUUUUUAGAUAUGGACGUGAUUACCGAGUCCGGUUGACUCUCAGAUCCAGUAACCUAGACGACGAUCCAGAUGACUAUAAGGAUCUGUUGACAGAACGUGUUGAAAGGGCUGGUGGUAGUGUAAGGGCUUACCUCGGCUCACUUAUCAUAUUGAGGGUGCCUGCCGUUCCUUCAGAGCCCUUCGCUGAACUCAUCACAGAUCUUACAGACAACGCAGACAAAUAUGGCGUGACAUCAUCGAUUAGUAUCAACGUUGCAGAUUCUGAAGAAGUCGUCCGAAGGGCUAUAACUGAAACUAGAUCUAUAAGCUACCAGAACACGGAGGCUCAACUCGAAGGCGCUGCUUUGGCUAAAGUAGCCUUGAAACGAUAUCAAGAACCAAAGAAAUGGACCCGUUUACAAAGCCCUUACAACUGUCACUUUAAAUUUAUAGCACGGAAGUUUAUCACCUUCCAUAAACAUCAUCGAGUUCUUCUGUUACUAACGGUUCUGACAGUAGAACAUGUAAAGAUGCGCACAAACCUAGUGGUGCGAGCUGAUAAUUCUCCGGAAACUCUAUCCAUCGUGGGCGCAUAUGUUAUGUCGGAGACAAAAGCAACUGAAGAAGAUAUUGAAAAAAUAUUUUACAUGGCAGUACCCCACACGGAGAGUCUCAAAGAAUAUUUGGUAACUCGGGCAAUAGACUCUCCACAAACCUAUGUAUAUGUAUAUGCCUACGGAAUGGAUGUUGCGAAGAAUGAAAACGAAACAAUUUUGAUCUCAGCACUGUACAGUCCAUUGCACCCUGACAAGGGAGCGGCGGCAAGAUCACUGGCACGUGUCUACAUGGCUCUUAUCCGACAUUACACUGGAGAGCUAGAUGCUACUAUACAGGUUGAAGACGAUCCGCUCGCACUUGAUCUCUCACCGUGGAUGAAAGACUUAGCUCAGCCGCCUCUGUUUCUGCAGUUUCUUCUGAUUCUUACAAUUUCACACAUUACGCUUCUGCCUUCGAAAGAAUAUGGUCUCAUAAGGCAUAUUCAGAAGCACGCCAUGAACUUUUCACCGUUACUUUAUUGGGGCACCCUGUACUUGUGUGACAUCUUGUUCUUCUGGUUGCUCGUCGCCAUCAUGAGUAUCAUGACGGUCAGCAUUAUAUACCUCACUGCACCGCCUUCAGUUUUGCAGAUUCAAGAUAUGUUGGCUCUUCCUUUCAUGUUAACUCUGUACGGAGUGGGAUGUAUACCACAGGCUUAUAUAUUCAGCCUGGGCCCCAGGCUCACUCUCAACUUCAUGACUUUUGUUAUCGUGAAUAUGGUAUUUGGUGAAACAACAAUAUUAGCGAAACUCCUCUACGGUGAUAUGCUUUCCUAUGCCCUGAACAUCAUGAAUCUGUCACCACAGUUCAACAUGGCGUACGCCUACGUCAAGAUCAAACAGAUUUUCCUGUACAACAGCGAAUGUGUUAUAUUCAAGAUCCAGAAUCUAUGCUCGUCGAACGAUUUUCAUAAAUGUUGCAAUAAAUGCGGCGUACUCCAAGAAUGCUUUACGAGAAGGACGUAUUUAAGUAAAAGCUAUGGAAUUGUUAUUGAAACGAUGGCGUUGUUAGCCACAGCCGUUAUCUUCGGGUCGCUCUUACUGCUGAUUGAAUACAGAAUCUUCGUUAUGGUGUGGAAAUUUAUUUCUAGAAAGUUGUACUAUCCAGAAGUAAUGAAAGAAAAAUUGAACGCUGGAGUUCUUAUAGAGAUAUCAAAUGUUAUCGAUAAGAAGAAAUCAAUUGUUACUCGCAGACGAAAGUCGAGUUUGAUAAAAGUAGACACUUUUGGUGAAUACAUAUGUGCGGAGAAUUUAUCACGAAGAGACACUGGGCUCUACGUUGUACGUAGCGCAUACUUAGGACUAGGCAGGGGAGGUGCCCAAGCUAUUUCGGGACUGAAACGCCACGGUCGUCUCGAUCUCCUCGAAAUUCUAUCUGGUUAUAGAAUACCAUGCGUAGGGAACGUAUGGGCCAUGUCUAAAUGGAACCUAGCGACGAACCCUCAUAAGUACAGCCGCCAAGUGUCAAUAAGCUGUGAGAACCCUUCGUUGCCACCAUGGAUGACGAUGCAGGAAUCCCUGGAGUUGAUUGCCGCGUUGCGUGGAGUGCCCGAACGACAUAUAAAAGAAGAGGUCCGCAAUUUGGUUGAAGCACUAGAAUUAACCGGAUAUUCUCAGAAGCUUAUAGCCGACUUUAGUGAAAAUGAUCUAACUCGUGUACACUUUGUGGCCGCCGUGAUAGGAGCGCCCCCUGUGAUCAUAGUAGAUGAAGUAACCGCCUGGCAGAAAUUCUCUGUCAGGCGGUCCAUUUACAAAAUAAUGUAUAUCCUCAGGAAACAAGGUCAUGCUAUUAUAUGCGCCUCUAGCAAUAUUGAAAACCACAUGCCUGUGACGAGCCGCCGGUUUGCAUUCAUGAUAGAUGGAUCCAUAUAUGACAUAGAUACAAUAGAAAGCCUGAUCGAGCGCUACAGCCCGCAGGGUUUUACCGUCGUGUUACACCUCAAAAAUGAGGUCGAUGUCGUGGCAAUGUUCUCAAAGUACUUCAACAGCUUUAAGAUCAAUGAUUACUCUGAGUUUCUGGUAAACGUUCAAGUGUACGAUCCAGAUCUUAAUUGGAAAACGAUUUUUACAAGAAUGGAAACCUUGCUAAUAGAACAUGGCCAGGUAUACUCAUACAUCGCCACAGUGACAUCUAUCGAUUACAUUUUUAAUUUCAUCCUGAGCAAAGAAAAGGGCCUCAAGCCAGCCACCGGGUUUGCUUCUUUUAAAUGGUUCCAGAAGAUUAUAUCCAGCAAACCCAAAGCCAAGCCUUCUGAAGAUGACCUCAAAAGGCUUAAGUCUUUUGAGAUAAAAUAUGCUAUUACUGAGCUGAAACAUUUGCCUUGGUCUGUUAUAUUCCAAAGUAAUGUUCACAACGAUCACUAA